GACUCGUCGCGAUGCUACUGACGUCACCCAGGUCGCCGCAUUGCUAGUGAUACAUACAUGAGGAGUUUAGGUAGUUAUCAGUUUUCUGUUAUAUUUGAGGUUUUUAAAUGUAAGUGAACCGUGUUUUAACUGAAGGAAGAGAAGCAGCAGACUCGUUAUUGUGGUCUGGUCUCUAAUUUUAGUUUAUUUUAUUGUGUUAGCGCUUUAUAUUUAACGAGAGUGACAGUAAUGCAUGUUCAGUGACGUCUGGUUUAUUAUAGCUAGUUAACUAGAUGCACAAAAGUUAAUAUGAGUUCUUGAAGAUGUAAUUUGAAGUCAACUGUCAUGUCAUUUAACAUAAAAAAAUCUCUAAAAAAAAAAAGCUAGACAUGUCAGAAUUUUUGUAAUUGUCUUUCCACAAUUCUGUCAAAUCAGCUAAAAAGCCAGUUUGCAAUGGGAUCCUUUAUUAUAACAAAUUCAAGGACUUGUCUCAAGCACCUGUGCCCCCUACUUAGGCGCCCUCUUUAUCACCAGCGCGCUCCGCAAAAGAAUAACCAGCCCAGUAAUCACCCCUACUGCACCAAAGGAGAGAGAAGACCAUCAGAGUUUCAUGGCACCAAGCACAGAGACUUCACUCCGAGAAACAGAACUUCAAUCCCAAAAUCAGUGUUUGCAGCCGGCAAUGCCAGAAGAACUGCUGAGAUUUUAAAGAGGAAAUCAGGAGCGGAUCAGGACCGGGAUCAGGACCCGGACCAGGUCAGUACGGGUUCACUGAAAGGCCGGGCAGCUUUUACAGCUCAGAUUCCUGAUCGGGCUCUGAGCGUUUCAGAAUGGAGAGAUCUAAAAAGCAGCUCGUCCAGGCCGGAGCGCUUCGAGCUGAGGAUGAUGGAGGGAAUGCUGGCUGACACUGAGGCUGACAUCAGCGUCGCUAAAUCUCUCCUCAACUACGUCGCUGCUGAAAACGGAACGCUGCCCUAUGAACUGCUGCUCAAGUAUCUGGCACUUUGUGUCUCUGGUGGCCAUCACUCAGAAGUUUCCGACGUCUACGACAUCAUGAAGAGCUGCUUUAAGACUCUGGACACCGGAGCGUACAGUCUGUUCGUGAAAGGCCUGAGUCACACCGAGCGCUGGAGAGAAGCCCUGAUCAUCCUGGAAGACAUUAAGAAGGUCAUCACACCAUCAUCCAGGAAUUAUGGUGAUGCUGUGACCGGGGCUGUUCUCCAUGGCGACAGGGAGACGGCGUGGCGUCUGUAUGGUGAGCUGAUGGAUCAGGGACUGAUGCCCAACCAGGAAACAUGGCGGUGUUUAUUUGAGAGUGGUGUGAGUCAGCGUGCACACAAAGACGAACUCCUGGCCAUCUUGACCUACAUGAGAGAAAACCAGAUUUAUCCGGAGGAGAAGUUGGUCAGAAGCAUUAAAGCGUGGUUUGAAAGUUUACCAGAUGAGAACUGGAGAGGGAAGUUUACUUCUGUGGACCCCGGAGGAGUGUGUCGGAGCUGUGGGACAGAGCUGGAGUCCAUCCAGCUGACGGAGGAGGAGUACAAUCAGCUAAAACACAGAGUGAUGGAGGACGUGAUCGAGGGCCGGGACGUCUUCAAUAAGACCACGCCUGAGGAGCUGGAGAGUUUUAAGAGCUUUGUGCAGAAAAGACCUGCGUUUGAUGUGGUGAUCGACGGCCUGAACGUAGCGAACAUCACACCCAAGUGUGUAAAAUCAGAGACGGAAGCGCGUCCAGUGUGCAGUGUGGGGAUGAGUCACUUUCCCACCCGCUGCUGUGCGAUUCUCACCCCGUGGGGCUCAGACGCAUCAGACACAACACGAGGGGAAUUCCUCCAGACAAAUCCUCUGUUGGCGGUGGUCUCAGCGCUUCAGGGUCUGAAUGUUCUGGUUCUGGGCAGAAAACACAUGCAGCAGCCGUCACGUAACUGGAACAGACACAACAUGAACCAGAUCAAACAGAAAGCACACUGCUUCUUCACUGAGAACAUCUCGGAGGACGACCCGUUCCUGCUCUACGCUGCAUUGCAUUCUGGGAACCACUGUAACUUUGUGAGCCGGGACCUGAUGAGGGAUCACAAGGCGUGUCUCCCGGACAGCGCCACACGACGCCUCUUCUUCAAGUGGCAGCGAGGACAUCAGCUCGUGCUCAGCAACUUCAUCCCGGGGAAGAAGAUCCGCUUUCAGAGGACGUCACGCUAUGAUACGAUAGUCCAGAGUCACGGAAAGACGUGGCACGUACCCUACGAUGAGGACGGAGGAGAGCGGAGCACGUAUGAAGUUCCACAGAGGUGGCUGUGUCUCAGUAAUGACGUGUGAAAUGUGUACUAACUAUACAGAUUAAUAAAGAAAUGGAUUUGCUGGUUAAUGUGGUGUGUGUGUGUGUGUGUGUGUGUGUGUGUGUGUGUGUGUGCGCACUGCUUAGGAACCAAUAAUAAAGAAAUAAAGGGGAAGAAAUAAGCAGAAUUGGUUUCUGUGUGAUAAAAGCUUUGAAAUGGAAUAAACUAAUAUAUACACAAUCAUUAUGCCUCAUAGAUGCCUUUAAAUAUAAGAUGAAGGAAUAUAAUGUAAUAAAAUAGUUAUAAAGAUAAUAUAAGAUGUUUUAUGUGUGUAUUUCCUGCACAUACUGUAUAUUUACAGUGAUUUUUAUUCUUUUCCACAAAAGCUGAGGUCAAACAUUUGACCAUUUACCAAUAUAAAUGUGAAUUUGACAUUGGUUUCAGUCUAACAAACAUGUAUAUUA